AUGGAUGUUUCUGCUAAAAAUAUGAUAUUUGGUAUGGCUGGGAUUGAUCCUGAAAGAAGACCAAAGCUAAUCAAGGUACUUGGUGUAGAGAGAACAGCAUCACAACAGGAAAUAAAGAAGGCUUAUUACAAGUUAGCAUUGAGGCUGCAUCCUGACAAGAAUCCUGGUGAUGAGGAGGCUAAAGCAAAAUUUCAGCAACUGCAAAAUGUUAUCUCAAUUCUUGGGGAUGAAGAAAAGCAAGCCAUUUAUGAUCAGAUUGGUUGUGUUGAUGAUGCUGACCUUGCCAGGGAUGUUGUCCAGAAUCUUCACAACUACUUUAAAACAAUGUACAAGAAGGUCACUGAAGCUGAUAUUGAGGAGUUUGAAGCAAACUAUAGGGGAUCUGACUCAGAGAAAAAUGAUUUGAUUGAUUUGUACAAAAAGUGCAGAAGUGUUUGUUUGGAUUGGCCAGUCUGUGGACCCAAAAGAAAAACAAAAUGCUUUUAA